GUAGGGGACCAUAAAUUCAGCGCUCACCGGAUCGUGCUGGCAGCUUCUAUCCCGUACUUCCACGCCAUGUUCACCAACGACAUGAUGGAGUGCAAGCAGGAUGAGAUUGUCAUGCAGGGGAUGGAUCCCAGUGCACUCGAGGCUCUGAUCAACUUUGCCUACAAUGGUCACCUGGCCAUAGAUCAGCAGAAUGUCCAGUCUCUGCUGAUGGGGGCAAGUUUCCUGCAGCUGCAGAACAUCAAAGACGCUUGCUGCACUUUCCUCAGAGAGAGGCUUCACCCUAAGAACUGUCUGGGAGUGCGGCAGUUUGCAGAGACGAUGAUGUGUGCGGUGCUCUACGACGCUGCCAACAGCUUCAUUCAUCAGCACUUCGUGGAGGUAUCCAUGUCCGAAGAGUUCCUGGCACUGCCUUUUGAAGACGUCCUGGAGCUCGUCUCUAGGGAUGAGCUCAACGUGAAGUCUGAAGAGCAGGUGUUUGAAGCUGCGUUGGCCUGGAUACGGUACGACCGAGACCAGAGAGAGUCGUUCCUACCCGAGCUCCUGUCCAAAAUCCGCCUCCCCCUUUGUCGACCUCAGUUUCUCACUGACCGCGUGCAACAAGAUGACCUGGUCCGUUGCUGCCACAAAUGCAGGGAUCUAGUUGAUGAGGCAAAAGAUUACCACCUCAUGCCUGAGCGCCGGCCACACCUCCCAGCGUUCAAGACCCGUCCUCGGUGUUGUACAUCAAUUGCGGGAUUGAUUUAUGCUGUUGGAGGACUUAACUCGGCAGGUGACUCGCUGAAUGUGGUGGAAGUCUUUGAUCCCAUUGCCAAUCGUUGGGAGAAGUGCCAGCCGAUGACGACGGCCCGGAGCCGAGUCGGGGUAGCGGUGGUGAACGGAUUGCUCUACGCCAUCGGCGGCUACGACGGUCAGCUGAGGCUGAGCACCGUGGAGGUUUACAACCCAGAGAUGGAUUCCUGGUCCAAAGUAGAAAGUAUGAACAGCAAGCGAAGCGCGAUGGGAACGGUGGUGCUGGAUGGCCAGAUCUACGUGUGUGGCGGCUACGAUGGAACCUCAUCCCUCAACUCCGUGGAGUCCUAUUCUCCAGAAACAAACAAGUGGACGGUGGUGACCCCCAUGAGCUCCAACCGCAGUGCCGCUGGAGUCACCGUCUUCGAGGGCCGCAUCUACGUAUCGGGAGGGCACGACGGCCUGCAGAUCUUCAACAGCGUAAGUCUGCGGGGGGCACGGGUUCCUUGUGCAGAAAUUAAUGGGCUGCGGGUAGCCGAAAGGCCCUGCCGCCACGGAGCAGCCUCGCUGGGCAGCAAAAUGUUCGUCUGCGGAGGUUACGACGGCUCGGGUUUCCUCAGCAUCGCCGAAGUCUACAGCUCCAUGGCGGAUCAGUGGUACCUGAUCGUCCCCAUGAACACCCGGAGGAGCCGCGUCUCCCUCGUUGCAAACUGCGGCCGUCUUUACGCGGUGGGGGGUUACGACGGACAGUCCAACCUCAGCUCGGUAGAAAUGUACGACCCGGAAACGAACCGCUGGACGUUCAUGGCCCCGAUGGUGUGCCACGAGGGAGGGGUCGGCGUGGGCUGCGUCCCCCUCCUCACCAUCUGA